AUGUCGCCGCUGACGUCGCAGCCGUUGGGCGUCUCGCUACCGCCUCGAGAUACGAACGCCAUCUCCGUGUCCAUGCCCGACUGGGAGCACGUCGUGGGCUACGAGGAAGGGCGAGCGGAGGUUCUGGAUGCGAUGGCCUGCGGCUACCCUCGCUUCUUCCGCCACCCGUUGGUCGUCUCGCUGGAGACCGCUACCCAGAUCCAGAUUUCUUGCGAGGACGAUACCAGCCAAUGGGAAGUCAUGACAGUACCAACUUCUGACGCAGGCGAGCGUCUCCGCCACUUCCUAUUGGCCAGCAAUUCUGAUUCUGUCAAGAGCGACGAGGUAUCGGCUCAUGCUGUCAAGAAUGCUGUCCACGCCGUACGCUUCCCACGCCGCAUCAGCCACACGGCCAAGCAGUUCUGGCAACACUCAGGAGAGAUCGUGUCUUCACGUCACGCUGAGAAGCUGCUGCAGGUGCUCAAGAGCGAUGGAGACGUGCAGAGUCCAGCGAUUAGAGGCACGGACAGCCACUUGGCGCUCAGACAGCGCGUAUCGGAGCUCUACCUGCCCUCUGCAGAUGCUAAGAAAGUGGCUCUGUAUCCGACAGGUAUGGGCGCCAUCUUCUCCACUGUUCGACUGCUGCAGAAGCUUCGAGGCACGGAAUACAAGAGCAUCUUGGUGGGAUUUCCCUAUGUUGACACGCUGAAGAUUCUGUCGAGGAAAGAGUGGUGCCCCAAAGGAGUUCACUUCUUCUCUACUUGUGGAGAGGACGUGAUGAAGCAGAUUGAGGACAUUGUAGCCAAGGAGAAGAUUCUCGGCAUCUGGACGGAGUUCCCUAGUAACCCUCUACUGUCCAUGGCAGACCUCAAGAGACUGGCCAAAUGUGCUCAUGACAACGGCACGGUACUGGUCGUGGACGAUACGGUGGGAUCGUACAACGUCAAUACGAUGAAGCACGGCUGCGCUGACUUGGUAGCAACCAGUUUGUCGAAGAUUUUCAGCGGCACCGGCAAUGUCAUGGGAGGCAGCGUGGUGCUGAACCAUGAGAGUCCGAAAUUUGAGGAGCUUGACGCGAUUUUCGACCCUGAGGGCGACUCGUUCAUCGUAGAAGAUGACGUCGAGACUCUACUGGAACAGUCGAAGGACCUGAACGAGCGUCUUGCAAAGACGAACGCCACGACUGCUGAGAUCGUCCAGAAACUGCAGAAGCAUCCGCUGGUCAAGGACGUGUUCUACCCUACUCUGGGCGACGCAAAAACCCUGUACGAUCCGUUCCUGAACGCGUCAGACGAGAAGGAAAAGCCUCGGUAUGGCCCACUGUUCUCAGUCGUACUGCAUGGCGGACUAAAGCCAGCUAAGGCUUUUUACAACGCGAUUGCAGUGGCCAAGGGUCCGAGUCUGGGAACAAAUUUUACGUUGUCAUGUCCCUACACGCUGCUCGCGCACUUCGGCGAGCUGGACUUCGUGGAAUCUUGCGGCGUGGACCGUAACCUCAUUCGCAUUUCCAUCGGCCAGGAAGACGUGGACGUUCUCUGGGCUGAUCUGGAACUGGCCUUAGCGGCUGCAAACGCCGUCGUCUCGACAUCCAAGUAA